AUGUCUUCGACAGACGUUCCUGACCCGUCGGCUACGCCGACUAUCUCUACCACUAUGGCCCCGACUGCCCAAUCCCCUUCAUCCGUCCACUCGACCCCGUCCCCGACGGUCUCGAAUGCCACCACGGGUUCCGCCAACCGGCGCCCUCAACGGAAGAGCACUUUGACUCAACAACAAAAGAACAACAAGCGCCAGCGCGCGACUCAAGACCAGCUGGUCACUCUGGAAGUGGAAUUCAACAAGAACCCUACCCCGACGGCGGCCACGCGCGAAAGAAUUGCCUCCGAUAUCAACAUGACUGAACGGUCGGUUCAGAUUUGGUUCCAAAACAGACGGGCCAAGAUCAAGAUGCUCGCGAAGAAGAGCAUCGAAACCGGCGAAGGCUGCGACUCCAUCCCCGAAUCGAUGCGCCAGUACUUGGCCAUGCAAUUCGACCCGAGCAAGCCUGGUGCGCGCGAUCCUUUUGGCCGCACCGGAGGUUAUGGCACCAGCGGCGCAUUCCCCAACGAAGCCACCCCCUCGGGCAAGGUCGUCAUCCACCACUUCACCUGUCGAUCCCUGACAAUCGGUAGCUGGCGGCGCAUCGGACAGAAUGCCAUGGACCUGGUGGUCUUUUACUCCCCCGAGAAGGCCUGCAUGACCUACUACAUCAACAACGACUCCGCCGGGUACAAGAUCGAGUACCCCUUUUCUCACAUCAAGAACAUCACCCUGGAGUCGGGAGACCAAACCCACCAGCCGAACGGCGUUCCCCCUCGACCCGGUGGUCUCGUGGUUGAACUGAACCGCCCUCCCAUGUUCUACAUGGAUUCCUCCAACUCGGGUGGUUUCUACCAGUGCGGCGACUUCACAGAGGACCAGCAGGCGAGCCAGCUGAUGGUCCACCAUCUCGGAGGCCACCCCAAGGUUCUCAGCGUUCAACUCGCCAAGCUGGUGUCGCUGGAGUCCUUCCAGAACCGCCUGGCCUACGGCAACUUCCCCAUGAGCGCCCCAGUCUCCACGCCCCCCUUCAUCCAGCGUCCUGCAUCCCAGCCGAACCAAUUCGCGCAGCCCGCCUUCCUGGGCAUGUUCCCGGACAACCAUUCGCAUCUGACCGUUCAGGCCGCUCGCGGACACAAGCGCCAGCGCAGUCGAUCCGUUCCCGUGGCCGUCGACUUUUCGGCCAUGCAGGCGCCGCUGCCUUCGUACAACAUGCCGCAGACACCGGCCCAGUUCCACCAUGCGGAUUCGAGCAUCUAUGCCCCGGUUCCCCAGCAGGCCCAUCCGUUGGCGAUGAACCUCCGCAUCGAUACGUCGGCCGCCUACGGAUUUGACCCGCGUGGCCAUCCCAUGUCGGCUGCCACGACGGCCUCUCCAUCCGAUUUCGCCAGUCCUUCUCUCUUCACCGCUCCGGGUGACUCCACUCCCGUUGCCUCGAACAUGGGCACCCCGUUCAACAUGUCCUUUGUUUCUCCCCAGGUCGAUUCGUCGAACCUGGCGCAGUCAGCCUCUCCGUACUCUGCCGUCAGCCAUGCUGACCCCCUGAUCGCGGACCAUUCGCCUCCGCUGUCGACAAUGCACCACGCAUCCCAGGAGAUGUACGGCCUUGGCAACGACCACCAGGCCAACUUUGCAGACGAGGGAAUGACGAUGAACGGCAUGUAUCCCAAACACAACAUGAACUUUACCGUGCCGACUUCGAUGGGAUUCGAGGGAAACACCUUUGACCUGCCUAUCCAGAGUGUUGGUAGCCAUGCUUCCCCUGGCGUUCAGGGCGACUACCAAGGCAUGACCUCUUUGGACGGAGUCGAUCCCAACACCCUGGCCCCGAGAUCAUGA